UGAACGUGAUUGGCUGGGAGGCUCUUUAAACUGCGAGGCGGAAGGAUUUGUAGAUUCAAAAAUGACAACAGAAGUCGAGUUUCUUCGAGAUCAAGUGAAUCGUCUUAAUUCCGUCCUUGGUCGAUAUCAAGAUGAAUUUCCCCCUCCCUCCUCAGUAUCACAGGUGGAAGAUGCGGUCAUAGAAGCUCCCUGGCUCUCAGACAGAGGUCUAAUGGCUCCUCUAAUAGAAGAAUACGACAGGCACAUUCAACAGAUGGAGACGCAGCUCAAGUUCUAUCAGAGGCAGAUGACAGACGUCAAAGCCAGCCUGGAGCAGGUGGUUAAAGAAAACGAGCGGCUUCAUGCAGAGCAGAGACUUUCCAUCGAAAAGCAGUUGCAGUCUCUGUCAGCCGGAGCAGAAGGAGACGCGGCAGCAGACGCAAUGGCCAUUAGCAAUCUGGAGGAGCAGGUCAAGUGUGCAGUGGAGGAGAAAGAACGAGUUCUUCAGAUGUGGCAGACAGCUUCACAGGAGCUGGAUCGACUUCAGACCCAGAUCCAGAGCUCCGUGAGUGAUGGACAAAUACAUGCAGUUGAACGACAACACAUGCAGAGUCAGCUGGCACAGCUUCAACAGCACACCCAGAAACUCCAGCUGACCAAUCAGAAGCUGGAUUUGACAAAUCAGCAGUUUGUGAAGACUGUGGCGGAGCAGAGCGCUGAACUGGAGGACUUGCGCAGACAGCUCAGGCAAGCAAAGCUGGAUCAGAGAUCUGCUGCAACUAAAGUGGAGGAGAUGAACAGACUCGUGCAGAAUGUCCAGGAUCAGAUGCAGAGGAGGGAAGAGGAUGCAGCAGAGGCUCAGGGCAGAGAAGAAGCAUCUGACCGGAGAUUACAGCAACUACAAGCAGCCCUGAACCAGCUGGAGGCCAGACUCAAAUCGGCAACGCAGGACUGUGAGUCUGUGCGCAGGAAGCAGACGGACUGCGAGCGGCAGGUUGGUGAACUGCAGGGCCGCUGCUCCUCUCUGGAAGAGGAGAAAUUUGAAGCCCUCAGUCGCCUCCGCAGCUCCAUCCAGCUGGCCGAAGAGGCGUCGCUUCAAAGAGAACAGGCUCAGCUGAGGGAGAAACAGAGAGUAGAAGAGCUGGAGAAGAUGAAGGACGCCAUGAAGCAGCUCAUCCAGAAUGCUGCCAUGCGCACUAGGAAAGAGGUUGAGAGCGUCCGUAAGCAGUGCAAUGUUCAGAUUCAUCGUAUGGCUGAAGAGCUUUCUGCCUUACAACUGGAAUGUGCUGAUAAAGAGACGCAGAUUGAAAGAGCCCAUCGGGAGAGAAAAGCUGUGGAGGAAGAGCUGGAAAAGGUCUAUAAAGAAGGCCGAGUUGGAGAGCCUGAGAUGAGGAAGAUGGAGGCUCUUCAUCAGAGGUGUUUAAAUGCUGAACGAUUAAAGGAUGAAACACAACUCGCACUCAACAGCAUGAACAACAAGAUGAAGAAGAUGGAGAUGGAGUAUUCAGAGGAGCUUGCUCGCUGUCAAGAUGAGGUACGGAGGCUUCAGUUAGCACUGACCACUGCCCGACAGGAGAGCACAGCAGUCAGUGAGGAGAGACUCACACUGCAGCAGGAAAACCAGCAGAUGCACAGAGACAUGGAAACACUGCGCAAAGAGUGUGCGCUCGCUCAGAGAAGAGCCAAACAACAGGUGUCCUCAAUGGAGCAGGAGAUGUGUGUGAAAGAGCAGGGUUUGGAGUCCAGGCUGAGAGAGAUGGAGGAGAGCAGUAAAAACUCCAGCGCUGGAUUGACCAGACUUCUGCUCGCUCAACAGAAAACCAUCAGCCGAUACAAAGAUGAGGCCAAAAACCUCACACAGGCUUUCCAGCAGAAACUCAGCAGCCUCAGGUCAGAGCUGAACAGACAGAAACAACGCGUUCAGGAACUGGAGAUCCAGAUGGAAGCGGACCAUCAGAAGAUACUGGAGUUUGAGAGGCAGGUCUCAGAACAGCAGGAGAAGAACACUCGUUUACAGCGGCGUCUUUCUCAGGCAGAGCAGCGUGCAGCAAGUGCUUCACAACAGCUGAGCGUGAUGUCACAACGGAGAAAAGCGGCGUCCAUGAUGGAUCUGGAGACUUUAGCAUAGAUGAACAGCAGCUGUUUUUGUCGCGUCAUCAUCAAUGAAAUCACUCCAUUGGAAGAAAUCUGUAGUGAAUGAACUGAUUGGCCUUCUA